AUGGCGGGCGAAGUACGACAACCAAUAGAUCUGCCUUCAUUGGAGCGAUAUGUCGACCAGCAUGUUCCCGCGCUCAAGACACCGCUGGGGCUGAAGCAGUUCGGAUUUGGUCAAUCCAACCCCACUUACCAGCUUACAAGUGCCGACGGCAAACAAUACGUCCUACGCAAGAAGCCUCCAGGCAAGCUGCUCUCGAAGACAGCGCACCGGGUGGAUCGAGAGUUCCAAAUCAUACAGGCACUUGGUCAGACCGACGUACCGGUGCCCGAGGCUUUAUGUCUGUGCGAGGACAACAGCGUGAUCGGCACACCAUUUUACAUCAUGGAGUUCUUGGACGGGCGACACUUCACUGACCCGGCGAUGCCUGGUGUUAGCGCAGAUGAGAGGAAUGCACUAUGGAAAUCAGCCGUGGAAACACUGGCCAAAUUCCACCGGGUCAUACCCAAGAACCUGGGACUUGAGAAGUUCGGCAAGCCGACAGGUUUCUACGAUCGACAGAUUGCGACAUUCACAACGGUAUCCAAGGCACAGGCUCAGGUGGUCGAUGCUGACACCAAGGAACCCAAGACGACGCAGCCGCGCGAUCGAGGCACGUUGGUGCACGGAGACUACAAGAUCGACAACAUGAUCUUCCACCGGACGGAGCCGCGAGUCAUUGGAAUUCUGGAUUGGGAAAUGGCCACCGUGGGCCAUCCGCUCUCGGACUUUUGCAACCUGACCAGCCCGUACGUCAUGGAAGGGGCGGACAGCAACACCGAGGCGUUCCAGCCUGGACGAGUGCCGGGGCUGCCGUCGCGCGAGGAUUGCAUACGCUGGUACAGUGCGGUGGCGGGAUACGAUCCGACAGAAGACAUCCUCUGGGGUGAUGCGUUCUUCGCCUUCCGAGGCUCCGUAAUCAUGCAGGGCAUUGCGGCCCGUUUUGCAGGCCGGCAGGCGAGCAGUGCACGGGCGAGUGAGUACGCUAAGCGGGCCAAGCCAUUUGCACUGUAUGCGUGGGAGCAGGUGAAGCAGGUACAACGGCAAUCGCAGCAGAAGGGCAAAUUGUAG